ACCUUUGCGGGUUCAAGUUUCUGCUCAUCCUGCUGGCGUAGUGCAGGAAAUCUGCCAAAAUGUCAACGGAGCUGUCCCAGUCGUCCGAGAUGACCCACUCACAGAGGCGUCUAAAUACUGUUUUGGCGGGCCCCGACCCAGAGUCACCUCGUCGCGCCUUGAGCGAGAGACCAUCUUACGCUAUUGUCCCGGAACACAAGGUGACAAUCGAGCAGGCCGAUGCAGCAGUCGAUCUGCUGGAGCCCAUCAAGGAUGAGAACAGGAUGUGUGUGGAGUACACGCACGUCUCUGCGAAUGUCCCGGCCAGCUUUGCAGCGCCAGGGAUCUUCCCAGGCCUCAGCCUGCCCAAGUUUGGCAAGAAGGCCAAGCAGGAGAGCGGCCCAAAGAUGCGACGGAUUCUCUAUGACAUCACCGGGUGCUGUAAACCCGGCGAGGUGUUGGCGCUCAUGGGCCCCAGUGGCAGCGGCAAGACUUCUCUACUCUCCAUCAUCGGCGACCGUGCCCAAUCGCAUAUGAAGCGGGAGGGCACGAUCACCUUCAAUGGCGAGCCAGCGACCAAGGGCCUCAAACGGCACAUCGGCUUCGUUAUGCAGGACGACCUGCUGUAUGAGAGCCUGACAGUGUGGGAGGUGCUGUACUACGCGGCGAUGCUGCGGCUGCCGCGCACGAUGAGUCACGAGGCCAAGAAGGAGCGCGUGGCAACAGUCAUCCGCGCGCUCGGCAUCUGGACCUGCCGUGACACCAUCAUCGGCGGCUUCUUCAGGAAGGGGAUCAGCGGCGGAGAGCGCAAGCGCGUCAGCAUUGGUCAUGAGCUGCUCAUCAAUCCCUCUGUCCUCCUCCUGGACGAGCCCACUUCUGGCCUGGACUCCACAACAGCGAUGCAUGUGCUGGAGAUUCUGCGCCAGCUGGCGGAAGGCGGCCGCGCCAUAAUCACAACAAUCCACCAGCCCUCCUCCCGCCUCUUCCAGACUCUGGACAAGCUGCUGCUGCUCAGCCAGGGGCAUGCGCUGUAUUACGGGCGCGCCCAGCUGGCGGACGAGUACUUUGACCGGCUGGGCUACCAGCUGCCCUACCGUGUCAACGUCGCUGACUUCAUCCUCGACCUGGCAUCCGCUGAUUUCCUGAUCCGGGCGUCUGAGCGAUAUUUAGCUCGCCACACGAUUGAUGGCUACUCUGGCGGCGACACAGCUGGCGCCGAGCUGGCAGCGGCGCGGGAUUAUGCCGCGGAUGAGUCAGCAGAUGCUGCUGCCAGCAAGGAUGGGAAGGGAUCUUUCCGCAUCCUCUUCAUCCGGGCGGUGCGGACACGGCGCUUCCAGACGCUGAGUGCGCAGGACAUAAUCCAGUACGUCAUCGUGGGCCUGCUCACCGGCUGCUUCUGGUGGCAGCGCGGCGGCCACGACACCCUCGCAGCCUCACAGGAUACCCUCGCGCUUGUGUGUGGUGCUGCUGCAGGGCUGCUGUUCUUUGAGCUUAUGUUCCUGACCUUCCGCUCCAUGUUUACCGCCCUCUUCACCUUCCCAGAGGAGUACAAGAUGCUGCUGAAGGAGCGGGCGAGCGGCAUGUAUCGCCUGAGCGCCUUUUAUUUCGCGCGCACGGCAUCUGAUUUGCCGAUGGACUUCGCGGUGCCGACCAUCUUCAUCGUGAUAAUCUAUUUCAUGGCGCAUCUGCGAUACACUGCCGAGGCCUUCUUCGGCAACUUCUUCACCGUCAUCCUCAUGGGCCUGGUGGCGCAGGGCUUUGGGCUGCUGCUGGGCACGGUGUGCAUGAACCCCAAAACAGCACAGACCAUUGCAUCCAUCGUCGUGCUCGCAUUCACCCUCGUCGGCGGCUACUUCGUGCGAGGCAUUCCUGCCUGGAUCGGCUGGAUCCGGUACCUGUCCUUCAUCUACUAUGGGUUUGGCAUGCUGCUGCACAUCGAGUACCAGGGGCGCACCAUCUACAGCUGCGUGGAUCCCAACACAGCCGCCUCCUCUGGCGCCAUGAGCGUGCAGGUGCGGUUACUCAUCCUUUGUUACUCAUUAUUAUUUUUACAGGUCGGCGAACCCAAAGCCAGAGGCCAUAGGGCAUACACGUCUGCAGCUACAUCUGCGGGGCCUACAGCAGCUUGCAGCCUAGUAGUGAUUCACAUCUUAAUGAGUCUCGAAUUCCAAGUUCUCGGGCACUCAUUCUGUGUACUAUAUGUCCACGCUCUGUUGUCCGAGCCUGAAUGA